AAACUGGAGAAAGAAAAAAACUAACUCAACGCGGUUAUAAUCGAGCCAUAUCAAUCUAACCAUGGUCAAGUAAAAAAUAUACGAUCCCGAUUUACCCUAGGGAGCAUAUCCAACGGCUGGAAAUAGCUUCCAGAAAAAAGCCUGGGUUAGAGCAGAUUUCGGGGGAAAAUUAACCCAAAAAAAAAAAAGAGAAUAGAAAAGAAAAAGAAAAACCCUAUCGAUCCCGUCGAGUAUAGAUGAAUCAAUAAUUCAAUCUAUGGCAAUGGUUUUGUAGAGGAUGGAGAUGGACUACGUUACAGAGUUUCCUCACACUCACAUGGAUUUUCGUCCCAGGAAGAGACCUCGAUUAGCUUGGGAACCAACUCAAGCACUCGCAAAGGCUCAGUCAGGGAUAUACCGUGGACAAGAUGUUGGGAGUGUGACCAGCUAUGGGCCUUCAAGGGUACCCUCAGACCAUGCUUGUGUGUUUGUAAAGGGGUUGGUUCAAAAUGGCUCUCCCCGAAGGCGAAAUGUUGGAAAAGAUGGGCAUUACACAUUUGUGCUUGGAGAAAAUUUAUCUUCUCGCUACAAGAUACUCAGAAAACUUGGUGAAGGAACCUUUGGUCAGGUUUUGAAUUGCUUGGAUAGGGAAACAGGUGAGAUGGUGGCCAUAAAAGUUGUGCGUAGCAUUAAGAAAUACCGUGAUGCAGCAAUGACAGAGAUUGAUGUGCUACAGUUACUCAAGAAGAAUGACAAAAGCGGCCGUCGUUGUGUUCAAAUACGGAGCUGGUUUGACUAUUGUAACCAUAUAUGCAUAGUCUUUGAGAUGCUUGGACCAAGCCUAUAUGAUUUUCUUCUAAAAAAUAAUUACCGCUCAUUUCCUGUUGAUCUAGUCCGUGAGAUUGGCAGACAACUGUUGGAAUGUGUGGCAUUCAUGCAUGAAUUGCGCCUCAUCCAUACAGACUUGAAGCCUGAGAAUAUACUUUUUAUUUCUCCAGAAUACAUAAAAAUACCUGACUACAAGGUUAUGCCUCAGUCAACAAAUGAGGGAACCUUCUACAAGAGGUUGCCAAAGUCAAGUGCCAUAAAGGUUAUUGAUUUUGGCAGCACAGCUUUUGAGCAUCAAGACCACAAUUACAUUGUCUCUACCAGGCACUACCGUGCACCCGAGGUUAUUCUUGGUUCGUUAAUUUCAGGACUUGGAUGGAGUUAUCCAUGCGACAUAUGGAGUGUUGGUUGUAUCUUGGUGGAAUUGUGCUCAGGAGAAACUUUGUUUCAGACACAUGAAAACUUAGAGCACUUAGCCAUGAUGGAAAGGGUUCUAGGCCCAUUACCUCAGCACAUGCUGAAAAGAGAUGGCAAACAUGCCGAGAAGUAUGUGAAAAGAGGUAGAUUGGACUGGCCAGAGGGUGCAACAUCUCGAGAAAGCAUUAAAGCUGUCCUAAAGCUACCUCAUCUCCAGAACAUAGUAAUGCAGCAUGUAGAUCACUCAGCUGGGUACCUAAUAGAUCUGUUGCAAGGGCUUCUUAGGUAUGAUCCUUCCAAUAGACUAACUGCUCGUGAAGCCCUCAGGCACCCUUUCCUUACAGGAGAUCAUUACCGGAGAUUUUAAGUAGAUUUUGUUUUUUGUAAUUUUCACAUCGUUGUGGGGCUACUAAAUGAGUUCCAAAGUGAGAUGUGAGUGUGGAUUUCUGAAGAAUCUGAACAAAUGCCCAUUCUUAGUGAAGCCUUAUUAUAGGGUGGCCAGAUACCUGGUUUCCAUGAAAUGUUAUAUUGUUCUGGUUUUGUAGACGAUAUAAGUUGUUAGGAGAUCCCCAUUGUUGUAUCAAAGACUUUGCAGUUGUUUAUGCAGGGCUUUUUUUCCUAAGAAA